UUCCGUCACCUCCACAGAUACCUGUCCUACUUAGACUCUCCGGCGAAAGAGUGAAGUCAGUCUAAGUGAUGUCAGCGGUGUAACCUGAAUAAGCCUGUAAAGCAUCCUGCAGGAGAAGUCAUGAGUCAGUUUCGGGCGUUAGCGGGUGUGCUGAGGGGAGGGCGUGCUGGGGGGAGUCAGUGGCUUCGAGCUUGUGGAGGGGCCCCGGCCAGGCGCUGGGUCGACCCCCGGAGAGGCUGCUCCUCCGGGGCCGCGCCGGUCCUCUCAACGGUGGCCGGUAGCUCCAGCUAUAUGGAGGAGAUGUACAUUGCCUGGCUGGAGGAUCAUACAAAUGUCCAUGAGUCCUGGGACACCUUCUUCAGUAACAUCCACGCCUCCAGUCCACCUGGCGAGGCGGGUGAGAGACGCCCCUCCGCUCUGCUCGAGGGCCGAGUGCUGUCCCACUCAGCAAACAUGGCCCAGAAAGUGGUGGAAGACCACCUGGCUGUGCACACACUCAUUAGAGCCUAUCAGAUUCGUGGUCACCAUGUUGCGCAGUUAGACCCUUUGGGAAUCCUAGAUGCUGAUUUGGACCACUUUGUUCCAUCCGACUUGAUCACCACCAUCGAUAAAUUAGGUUUCUACGGUCUUGAUGAGUCUGAUUUGGACAGGAGCUUUCAGCUGCCCUCCACCACCUUCAUCGGAGGAGAAGAUACCACUCUUCCUCUAAGAGAAAUCAUACGCAGACUUGAAGCAUCCUACUGUGGUCACAUAGGGAUAGAAUUUAUGUUCAUCAACAACGUGGACCAGUGUCAGUGGAUCCGUCAGAAAUUUGAGACCCCGAGAAUACUGCAGUUCACUAAACUUGAGAAGAGGACUUUGCUAGCCCGCCUGAUCAGAUCCACACGGUUUGAGGACUUCCUGGCAAGAAAAUGGUCUUCAGAGAAGCGUUUUGGUCUGGAGGGCUGUGAAGUGCUCAUCCCGGCUCUAAAAUCCAUGAUUGACACGUCGAGCUCUGCCGGCAUCGACAGUGUAAUCAUGGGGAUGCCUCAUCGGGGUCGACUGAAUGUGUUGGCCAAUGUGAUUCGUAAGGAACUGGAUCAGAUCUUCUGUCAGUUCGACCCCAAGUUAGAGGCAUCUGAUGAGGGGUCAGGGGAUGUGAAAUACCACCUUGGGAUGUACCACGAGAGGAUUAACCGUGAGACAGACAAGAACAUCACACUGUCACUCAUGGCAAACCCCUCCCACCUGGAGGCCGUAAAUCCUGUGGUUCAGGGCAAAGCCAAAGCCGAGCAGUUCUACAGAGGAGACACUCAGGGGAAGAAGGUGAUGUCCAUCUUGAUCCACGGUGAUGCUGCUUUUGCUGGACAAGGAGUUGUUUAUGAGACGUUCCACCUGAGCGAGCUCCCCUCCUACACCACACAUGGUACAAUCCAUGUGGUGGUCAACAACCAGAUUGGCUUCACCACAGACCCUCGAAUGGCCCGCUCCUCGCCCUACCCCACCGACGUGGCUCGGGUUGUCAAUGCUCCCAUCUUCCAUGUGAAUGCUGAUGACCCCGAGGCUGUCAUGUAUGUGUGCCGGGUGGCUGCAGAGUGGAGGGCCACCUUCAACAAAGAUGUCGUCAUUGACCUGGUUUGUUACCGGCGAUUUGGACAUAACGAGAUGGACGAGCCCAUGUUCACUCAGCCACUGAUGUACAGACAGAUCCGUCGGCAGGAGCAUGUGCUGAAAAAGUACUCUGACCGGCUCAUUGCGGAGGGAGUGGUGACUCUGCAAGAAUAUGAGGAAGAAGUUGCUAAAUAUGACAAGAUAUGUGAAGAGGCAUACGCCAGCUCCAAGGAUGAAAAGAUUUUACAAAUCCGACACUGGCUCGACUCCCCGUGGCCAGAUUUCUUCACAGCCGAAGGAGAGCCCAAGUGCAUGAGCAGCGUCCCCACAGGACUAAAGGAGGAGGUCUUGCAGCACAUUGGCCAGACAGCCAGCUCUGUGCCCCUGGAUGACUUUCAGAUCCAUCCUGGAGUGUCUCGUAUCCUGCGUGGUCGAGCUGACCUGGUGAAGAACCGGCAGAUGGACUGGGCUCUAGGAGAAUACAUGGCCUUUGGUUCCCUUCUCAAAGAUGGCAUCCAUGUUCGACUCAGUGGGCAGGAUGUAGAGCGAGGCACCUUUAGUCACCGUCAUCAUGUUCUCCAUGACCAAGAGGUGGACAAACGUAUCUGUGUUCCCAUGAACCACCUGUGGGCCGACCAGGCUCCCUACACGGUCUGCAACAGCUCCUUAUCCGAGUACGGAGUGCUAGGUUUUGAGCUUGGCUUCGCCAUGGCCAGUCCGAAUGCUCUGAUCCUCUGGGAGGCCCAGUUUGGAGACUUCAACAACACAGCCCAGUGCAUCAUUGACCAGUUCAUCAGCCCGGGCCAGGCCAAGUGGGUCCGCAACAAUGGUAUUGUCCUACUGCUGCCACAUGGGAUGGAGGGAAUGGGCCCAGAACAUUCAUCAGCUCGACCUGAACGCUUCCUACAAAUGAGUAACGAUGAUCCUGAUCACUUCCCUGAGUUCAGUGGAGAUUUUGAGAUCCAGCAGCUGUACGACUGUAACUGGAUCGUGGUCAACUGCUCCACGCCUGCAAACUACUGUCACGUGCUCAGACGUCAGAUUCUGCUGCCAUUCAGAAAACCGCUGAUCAUUUUCACUCCUAAGUCCCUGCUGAGGCACCCUGACGCAAGGUCAAGUUUUGAAGACCUCGCUGAAGGUACUAAAUUCAAGAGGUUGAUCCCAGAUGUUGGCCCUGCAAGUCAAAACCCAUCCCAGGUGAAGAGGGUGAUCUUCUGUGCUGGCAAAGUCUACUAUGAACUGGCUAGAGAGAGGAAACAGCACAAACUGGAGAAAGAGAUCGCCAUCAUCAGACUUGAACAGAUCUCUCCAUUCCCAUUUGACCUGGUCAGAACUGAGGCAGAGAAAUAUGGAAACGCUGAGCUGGUCUGGUGUCAGGAGGAGCACAAGAACAUGGGAUACUAUGAUUACGCCCGGCCACGUCUCCUCACAGUGACGGCCAACAGGAGGCCCGUUUGGUAUGUGGGACGGGACCCUGCAGCUGCUCCUGCGACAGGAAACAAGUUCACCCACUUUAAUGAGCUGAAGAGGUUCAUGGACACAGCUUUCAACCUGAACGCCUUCACCGGGAAGGACUUGUAAUUAAAAACUGACGAACAAGAACCAGGCUCAAGCUGCUGUUUCGUCCUGAAUCAGCAUAGUCCAUUUAUUAAGUCUUGUUGUGGCCAAUUGGCACAUUUCAAAACGAUUUUAGUUUUGUGACAAUCUGCAGCAUAGCUUAGUGUAUAUGGUAAACAGGAUUUUAACUUCUGAUACUCUUAUGUGAAAGAACCUAACUGACUUACGCCUGGAUCAGACUGCAUAACUAUUAUUUUAACAACCUGCAACAACUUUUAAGUGAGAUCACUUAUGAAGCACAACAAUGCCAGGGCCUUGUGAGUAUCCUAAUGCAGAUUGUAUUUCACUGUGACACAGAAUAGCACAACAAAUUGUAUAGCCUGGACCCAUGUCAAAGGCAAUUAAGUAAUUCCUUUUUAAAACGUCCCAACCCUUUAUCCUUAUACUAUCAGUUAGGAAAAUGAAAACAUCCAUAUAUACGACCUCUUAUGACUUAGAUCAGGCCAAAAUCAUGUGGUCUGAUUUCUGUUUCACUGGAUCUGCAUUUUAUUCAAUCUACACAUGAUCUUUAUGAGUGCUAUUAGAAAAAACAGACACAAAGAUUUGCAGUCUCUAAAUAGCGCUUUAUUUCAAAUAAAAAUAAAAUAUUACACACAAACAUAAAAUGUCAGUCACAAAAUCGUCACCUUGUUGUGUGAUAAAGAAGCAACAGUACACUCUUUGAUCCAAUAACAUUCACACACCAACAUCUAGAUUUGUAACACUGUUAUGGGAGUAGCUUUAGUACUGUGGAUACCUCCAUUGCUUCCAUGCUGAAUACUAGUUGUGAAAAAUAGUAUAGAUUUGUAAUUGUAUUUAUUUUUGUAGAUAAUUAGGCGAAGAUAAGCAUACAAAGCACUCGCUAGUGUUUUUAAACAAUGAAUGUUGAAUACAUAUCACAUUUAUGAAAAGUGUUUUGAAAUUUAACACGUCAGUAGUUUUAGUGUCUGUACUUCCUUUGAUUACCUUAGCUGUUAGUGAAGGAGUGUGUAUUUAUUGUCACACUUCACUUCACCAGGAGACAUGAGCCAGCUGUCACAGACUUGCAGCCAUGUUUUCUACUUUGGACAUAAGGCUCAGCUGCGUCUUUGGAGGCUGAGGAAUACACACACACACACACACACACACACACACACACACGCACACACACACGCACACGCACACACACACACACACACACACACACACACACACACACACACACACACACACACACACACACACACACACACACACACACACACACACACACACACACACACACACACACACACACAAACCACAGCAAAGCUUUGGAUCCUUUGGAAGCAAUAUUGACGCUUUUUGUCACAUUAAAAUCCCUGGGUAUUCAACAUAAUUGGUAUUAGUUGCCACUGUUCUUAGAAAUGUUCCUGUUUAGCCGUACUGUAGCUUACCUUUUCCACUUCCAGCUGGGAGAUGUAACAAUAAGCCAUGCACAAACAUAAUUCUACAUAUCAAAUUAUUUUAAAAGAGGGUUUAUGUGUGUUUGUUUUUUAAUAAAAGUACAGCGUCAAAAUAUUAGUCUGGGUAUUUAGAGAUAUGAAAACACAUAUGCUGGGAAUAAUGAAAUAUGCAAUAAAAAUAUAUUUAAGUUUAAUAACAUUGUUUGAUCAUGUUUUGGUUGCAGAUGAUGCUAGACAGUUACAAAUGGUUUAUAGCAAGAAAUAUCACACUUUUUUUCCCUCACAAAUGAAAUGUACAUUUAUAAGAAUUAAGUAACCCUUUCCUCAUUUUAAUAAACCCAAAGGCUUUGCUACUACA